ACUUCCCACUUUUUUCCUGUGUUUAUAUUGGUCUGUGCUUUUUGCAACUUUCCCAGAUCAUGCUUUUCAUUUUUCUCUCUCCUCUAUUUAUACCUACCAAAUUCCACUCUCUUUUCUUCACCAAAAUCACCAUUUCCUCUGUUUUUCUCUCUUAAAAAUUCAAUCUUUUUACAAAGUUUCAAUCUUUACUGAGCUUUUUUCACAAAGUUUCAAUCUUUACUGAUAAUAAUGGCUGCAUCAUCUUCUCUUUUAUCAAAUGCCAUUUCUUCUUCUAUAAAAACUUGCCAAAAGUCUAAAUCUUUUGCAUUUUCUCCUGCUAAAUUUGGUGAAGUUGGGUUUAAAUCUUCUGGGUUUUCUCUUACCAACAAAUCCCUGAAGUCUAACUCUGCAAAUCAGCAGUCUUUCAGAUCUUUCACUUGCAGGAACUCUUCUGAUCGUUCAGAAAAUGAUAAGGUUCAUGAAUUCAGUGUUUAUGAGAUCAAUGAGCGAGAUCGUGAAAGUCCUGCUGUUCUGAAACUUAGCAAGAAACCUGUUUUUGCUCUUGGUGACUUGAUUCCAUUCACCAACAAGUUGUACACAGGGGACUUGGAAACAAGGCUAGGAAUAACAGCAGGAAUAUGCAUCUUAAUCCAAAACAAGCCAGAAAAGAAUGGUGACAGAUAUGAAGCAGCAUACAGCAUGUACUUUGGAGAUUAUGGUCACAUUUCAAUCCAAGGACCAUACUUAACCUAUGAUGAAUCAUAUUUAUCAAUCACGGGCGGUUCAGGGAUCUUCGAGGGAGCCUAUGGACAGGUGAAAUUGCAACAAAUUGUGUACCCAUUCAAGAUUUUCUACACCUUAUAUUUGAAGGGAAUCAAGGGUGACUUGCCUAAGGUUCUCCUAUGUAAGCCGGUCGAGCCUCACCCUGGUGUUGAGCCCUCUCCUGCUGCUAAGGCCACUCUUCCUGAAGCUGCUAUCCCUAAUUUCACUGAUUGAUUAAGUAGUUAGUAAAUAAUUAUGUGUUAAAUGACUUAAACUGAGCAUCUAUCUAUGUUUUGUUCGUUUAGAUUUAAGGGGAGGUCUAGUUUGGUUGUGGACUUGUGUUAGUAUGGAGCAUUUUUUUAAAUUUUCGUCGUUUCACUUAGCUUGUUUCUAAUGAAUAAAAUCGUAAUAUUUUUGUACCGAAUAAUUAUUUUGCGUGUUGUUGUUGAAUCUUUCAAUUUAAUUUUAUGGCGUACCAUUAUAU